AUGGGCGCUCGGCAGAGAAGGCCCUCCGGCGAUGAAGCAGAGCCGGUCUCUCCACUCUCACAACAUUUGAGCCCGAUUGAUCACUCUGGUGAUGAAACCUCUGUUAAGGACUUCAGCCUCCGGUUCUCAAAAUUCGUGAUGAUGUUUGAGCGAGUCGUGACAGACCUGUACAUAUUUGUUGCGUUUUUCUUCAUUAUCCUGCUCAUGUUCGCUACGACAUUUUACCUUUACCUCGGAACGAAGACGAGGAGCGACAUUGGCUACCACGACGACGGCGAGCCGACUCAUUACUCGACAUUUCCAAAGACGUUGUUCUCGCUCUAUUUACUCGGCUUACUAGGAGACUUCGACUUGGACACAUUUGAUAACAGAGCGCUCAGGUUCAUUUUGGUGCUUUUUGUGUUCAUCGUCGCCGUCGUCCUAUUGAAUGUGCUCAUCGCGAUUGUGUCAAAAUCGCACGAUGAUAUCACGGGAAAGAUCGCAGCGGGACUUUUCUACCGGUCGCGCCUCGAAUAUAUCACGGAGACUACUCCGGUCGCGAGGCUCCUACCAUCGUGGCUGCGACGGGAAGAAGACGGGGACUCGAUCAAGGAACGACUAAGAGAAGCGCUCGCGCAGCACAAGGACGCCUCCGAGGCGGACCAUGUCCGCGAGUCGGAAGAACGAACGAAGCAGGAGCUCGCCGACGUCAAGCGAGAGUUGGCCGCGAUGGCCGCGACGCAGCAGAUAAUCCUCGCGAAGCUGCAGACCAUCCUCGAUGACAAGCAGCCGUGA